AGCAACGAAACAAAUCAAAACAGAACUCCGCUGAGCUACUUCUCUCUCUCUCUCUCUCGUCGUUUCGCACGUCGGUUUUGUCUUGGUAAACCGCGACGCUGAGGCUUCUCUUUAGAGAUCCGGGCAUUUCACUUUACAGUCGUAGCAUUUGUAUUUGAAAAUAUCUUUUCAAAACGAGGGGACACCGAAGACGCUUCACACACUGAACUAAGCAGCUUUCUUUUGAUCGCGCAUCGGUUCUUUCCCCCUCUUUUUUUAAUUUGUGGUGGCUAUACAUUUCUCCAUUUAUUAUUGUUCUUUUGUGGUCGCAACACUCUUCGUUCGUUGCGCGUCUUUGGCAGCACUGUGCUCUGCCUCUAGACUCCAGUAUUAUGAUCAUUGUGGUGCCGUUUUCAGCAACCGGUUUGCCGAAGAACAGUGUUGAACAUUGUAGCGUCUCAGCUUUUUUUUUCCAAACUACAUAAUCGAGGUUUCCUUUUCGCCAUUUAUUGUGUAGUACACGAUCAUCGUCUCAACUUCUGAAGCUCAGGUCUUUUAAUUGGUGUUGGUGUUAUUGUGGAGGUUUUGUUUACCUCCGGCCUGUGUGUGUGUGUGUGUGUGUGAUGCUGCUUCGUACCUCUUGACGUCCGUCUCUUUCCUCGACGGUCUCCUCCGCGUUUUCCGCUACGCUCUCUCUUGGUUUUCUUUGUGUACGUCUGCUGCUACCCCGAAUCCUUUUGUUGCGUUUCGUUUCCUUUCUUCUCAUCGAGGGUUGGUUGCUACCCUCUUCUAUUUCGCUGACCUCCGCUUAAUGGUACUGGCCGUUUGUUAAAAAUCUUCCUCUACGUGAGAAGCGAAUCUUUUCCUGUGUGUUUUCCCCAUACGUCGGUGUUUGUCGCCCCCUCUGUUCACCUCUCGCAAGAGUUGACCACGUGGCCCUUUCUGUUUUUGUUGGCGAGUUUGCUUUUGGCCGUUGUUGUUCGCUUGUGUACUCGCACCCCCCCCCCCACCACACACACAGCUGACAGCUCCUCAGUGUGGUAGACGGUGCAGUAGGCCUUUUUUAAUUCUCUUCCCGUUUGGCUAUCUGUUUUUCUUUUGUUUUCUUUACGUGUUUUUCUGUAGCUGUGAAUUGUGCGACAGAAUUAUAUCGCGUUCUUGUCGUUUCGAUUCUUUACGUAUGGUGGCUUGUUGGUGUCCCCCCUCUCCUCCUCCCCUUUCUUCCCCUCUCCCCUCAUUGGAGGUUAGACAUCAAUUGGAAAGGUAACGCACAGCAGCGUUGGCAGCCGCCACCAGUCUUCCUUUGUUUUUGUUCAUUAGUCUUCUUUCUCCGCAGCUGGAAGCCGUCUUUCUUUUUGUGACGGCCGCGAUACUGGGAGAAAAUAUCACGGCGCUGGUGCACCUGCAUCGUCGCUUUGAGGCGGCUACAGCAGGAGUAAAGUGAGUCAUGCAAAACCACAAGCGCAUCGCACGGGCGGACCGGUUCUUCCAAGAAAGCCACGAGAGCCCGGGCAAUGCGUUCUUGGCGACGAAGAAAGCUCCCAGCCACCAGGGCGACAAUGACGUCGACGAGGCAGUGGACGACCCCGGCCACAGCGGAGCCGCCGGAGCACACGUGAACGGCAGUGGCGGCGCAACCUACCGCCUCCUCGACACCUCCCCCGGUGUCGAUCCGAAAGUAGUGGGCAGAAACCUCUGGCUCUUCAUCUGGCUCAAGACGAUCGGGUCGUUCGACUCCGGCGCCUUCAGCGCGGCUCUGGGUGCCGAGAGCGGGAUCGGCAACUUCUGGGGACUGAGCAUGAUGCAACAAGGUGUUUUGACCUCGAGCGUCUUCCUCGGCAACGUCAUCGGCUGCCCCCUCGCUGGCUUCUUGUUCUCGCGCUACAACGAGAAGCGCAUCCUGUGCGGCGCGCUGGUAGUCCACACCGUGUUUACGUUUCUGUUUGCGGCGAUGCCUGACUACGACACCGCCCUCGUCAACCGAUUUUUCAUCGGGCUCGCACUAUCCUUUAUCGUCGUCUACACCCCUGUCUGGGUGGACGAGUUCGCGCCGAAGAGCCGCCAAUCGCUCUGGAUGGCGGCACACAACGCGGGCGUCCCGCUUGGGAUUAUGUUCGGUUACAUCCUUGCUGUCGGCCCCCAUAUGGUGGCGGAAAGCAUCGGCUGGAACUGGGCCUUCUUCGUCAAGACUCUGUUGAUGAUCCCAACCAUCACGUACGUGGCGCGGGUGGACUCGCGGACGAUCAACACAAUAAAGGCGGCGGCUGACAACGCGAAGGACGACACCGCUGCGGACGUCGCGGUGGAGGGCGACGUGCGCAACAACAGCGACGGCGAUGGUGGCGAGGGAAGGAGGCAGUCGGUCGCACCAUCGAACGUCAACAUCCCCGUCGCCUUCUUCUCGGCGGCCGAGCGAGCCGCGUUGCGUGAUCGGGCGAAGCGCGCCCUGGAGACACCUAUUGGAGACGUCCCCGCAAUAGUCAUGUCGAACCUUCGCUACUUCCUGGUGGGGUUUCGCGGCGGUCAGGCACCCCUCUUGCGCAACCUGGUGUACGUCUGCAGCGUUGUCUCCCUCACUAGUCUCUACUUUGUUGCGACGGGGUUGCAGAACUUUGUGACUCAGUAUUUGCAGGAGCCGCCCUUUGAGGCGUCAAUGUCCACCAUCAUGAUCGGCUUCGGCACUGCCGUGGUGACUGCGCCGGUGUGCGGCGUGAUUGCUGGUGGCAUUUUGCUUGAUCGGAUCGGCGGCUACAAGCGCAACCUGCGCCGUGUGACGCUCUUUCUCUUUGCGUGGGGCAGCUGCGCGGUGCUCUUCUCUAUCAUCUGCAUCUUUGCCAAGACGACGCGCGGCUUUCUGCUGGUCAUGUCCGUGGUGCUCUUCUGCGGUGGUGCGUUGAUCCCACCAGGCGCGGGACUCACCAUGAACUCCUUGCCCGCCCACAUGCGGUCUACCGGCGCGGCCUUCUCGCAGACGGUGUACAACCUGCUGGGCAACUUUAGCGGCCCGCUGGUGUGUGGGUGGGUGGCUGACGUGACAGGGAAGCUACGCUACGGCAUCAUCACGUUGUUGCUGUCCAGUGCCUUGGGCGUGCUGCCGCUCUUUGGAAUUAUGUUUGUCGCGUUCCGCGACGGUCCGCUGGCAAACGGCGUAGACGGUGCAGGUGGAGACGAAUCAGGCGUCGAGCACGUAAUGAUGGAGGAGGCGUCGGAGAUGGAGAGCAUCGCGGGCGCGGACGGCGACGAGGCGCUGCGGGCGGCCGCGGUGGAAAGCUGGGACAGCCAACCUCACGAAGCGACGGCGCCGCCGCCUCGACCGGGAGAGCGCAACAGUCACAGCCGUGAGGCGAAAUUUGAGUUCCCCGCAACCAUCUAUGUGGGAGACUUGGUCACCGUGAAGGGUGCUCCUCCUCCGCGUGUGACGGGUGCGUCUACCGUCACCGAAACGCCGCCACCGGCGUCGUCCAGUCCCAGUCCACCACACCUGUCGACAUCCCCUGCGUCCGUCCCUUCUGCCGGCGGAGCGUUGCUUCCGAGAACUUCACCGCUGCAGCAACCGCAGCCCGCGACACUGUCGAACGCUGUGCGCACCUUGGACACCGGCCGGCCGAACCUGCGCGGCCCCGGCACCGCACACCCCGUCAUGGUGCCCGCCACGUCGGCCCAGCCGCUUACCGCGCAAAACCUCGCGGAAACAAUCACGUCUGCUGCGACUGCGAUCCCCCGCGGAGCCCCACAACAGGAGGCACAACAAGUGACGGACCAGGAGAUACUCACGCUAGAAUCUGAGGCGGCGCAGGUGAUGUCCGGGCCGAAUGAAGCAACCUACGGUAUGGAUCUGGUGCGUUCGUGGUUGUCGACACAACAGCAGGAGCAGCAGCAGCAGGAGCUCACCGGCGCCGAGGACGCUGCGGAGGCGUUUCGGCAGGCGAAAUGA